AUGACGACGUCUUUACUCCUCAUAUUUGUAAUUCUUUUUGCUUCUCAAGUUCAUUGUGGUUUGAACAAUGGAGCAUCGUCGAAAAACGUAGGAGGCAGAAAACGACCAAGUGGAGGGUUGGAUGAAAAUAUUCCAGUUAUUGAGAUUCGAGGAGAAGGAGCUCCAAUGAGUUCGGCUCAGAUUCGACACUUGGAAGAGAUGGAUAAUGGGGGACCAUUGGAUAUUAAGAUCGAAAAAACCUUCGUCCCUGCCAAGUGCCCAAUUCAAUCGAAACGCCUCGACUUUAUCACUUUCCAUUAUAAGGUAUUCACAGAAGACAACAAAAAAGUCUUCCAAACAUAUGGAACUGGUCCAGUGACAAUUCAACUUGGUACUGGAAUGAUUAUGCCCGGAUUGGAUAAGGGUCUGAAAGGAAUGUGUGCCGAGGAGCUCCGUAAAAUCCGUGUACCAUUUAGAAUGAGCCGGAAGAGCAAGAGCAAAGUUUGGAAAAAUAUCCCAAACGACGAGAACUGGCUGAUUUUCAAUAUUGAAAUGGUCGAGAUUAAAUCGUAUUCUCCGGAGAGUCAAUUCAAAUUUUUGGACUUAAAUGAAGAUGGAAAAUUGACGAAUCAAGAAGUUCAAGAUUUCCAGCAGAAAAUGAAGAAAGAGUUUGGAAAGACAUGGAAGAACGAGGAUAUUGAUAAUGUGUCGGCAGCGAAUUAUUAUAUCAAGUACUUUGAUGUGAAUGGAGACGGAAAUGUAACAGAAUCGGAAUGGUUGAAGACAAUGGAUAGAGAUCAGAAAUUGAUGAAUGAAAGCAAAACGAAAGAGAAGGGAAGGAAGAGAGAUCCAGGAAUUGGAUGGAUUUUGGAUUUUGAUAACGAUGGAAUUGUUUCGUAUAAGGAAAACGACGAAGCUGACGAAAAGUUUGAAGCAGGUCCACAAAUUUUGCCGACGGAGUCAAAAGACGAACUUUGA